AUGGAUUCAGAUACGUUUUUAUGUGCUUUAUUUGGUAUUCCAUGUUGCUUGAUGGAAAUAUAUAUUUCAAAGACAAAGUACUUAUCAUCAACAUCAUCAAAAACUUCAUCAAAAGAUCGUCGAACAUUUAUUUUUAUUUGGUUAUUUAUAAUAUGUUCACUAUUAUUUUCCAUACGUUGUGCUCGUUUAGGUUAUGGAUCAAAAAUAAUUGAUAAUAAAUCUUUUAUAUAUUAUUUAUGGAUUUUAUUUAAUAUUAGUUUAUAUCUAAUGGGUAUUUUAUUACGAAAACAAUCAAUAGAACAAUUAGGCAAAUGGUUUACGACUGUUAUUCGAAUAGAUGAAAAUCAACAAAUAAUUGACUUUGGAUGGUAUGAAAAAAUGCGACAUCCAUCCUAUGCAGGUAUAUUAUUGUAUUUUCUUGCUUUGGCUUUAUUUUUAAAUAAUUGGUUAAGUUUAUUUAUUAUAAUGAUACCAAUUUCUUUAGUUUUUUUUUAUCGAAUUCAUAUUGAAGAACAAGAAUUAAAAAAACAUUUUGGCAUAAAAUAUGAAGAAUAUAGACAAAAAGUACCAUAUAUUAUUAUUCCAAAAGUAUUUUAA